UGAUCCACAUCAGACUGACCAAGUGAAAGCAGGUCAAAGAGAAGCCGCCAGUCGUAUGGCCCAAACUCCAUAGCUGCUGAGCUCAUGUGAGACAAAGGGAAGACGAGAGAUCGCUGCGUAUAUAAACCACUUCCAACAACAUCAAGCGACUGUGUUUCGUCGUGUACCUUCAAGUCCCCACCCGUCCAAUCAGAGAGUCUGCGUCGAAUCACCCAAUCCCAACCCGGAUUCGACGCGGAGUCCCAAAACCGAUUUCGUAAACUAUUCAAAUCGGCCGCGUAACGGUCGAUCGAGUCUGAGUUUUUAUUUUUAUUUUUCUGAAAGGAGGAGGGCAGAGUGAUGGCAGCAGGACUGAGCUGCUGAGUGAAACCUGUUGGGGUAAAUUGACACUCUCGGCUAGGUUGGGCUCGAUUUCGGUGGAAUUUGCGAAUUGGGAGCUGAAAUUGUUUCAGUGAUUGGUGUUUGGUGGGCAAAGAGAAAUGGAUGUGGUGGCUGAGUGCAAGAGAAAAUUGGCAUCCUUUCGAGUCACAGACCUUAAGAAUGUUCUGACUCAGCUGGGUACGUCAAAGCAAGGGCGGAAACAGGAUCUGAUUGAUAGAAUCUUAGCAGAAGUUUCAGAUCAACAAAGGUUCUUAGCAGCAUCCAAUGCACUCCAUCCAUCAAAGAAAAAAUUCAUUGAGAAGAAAGGAAUAGCAGAACUGAUUGGUGAAGCUUACAGAAAAUUGCCGAAUGCACCGUCAGUUGAUUCUGCUUCAAAGGAACAGAGUGGUUCAGACACCUGCAGUGUAAAACCUAAAAAGGAAGUUAAAAUUUUUAAUGAUCCAGAUGUGAAGAUUCACUGCCCCUGUGGAAGUGCAUUGCCUACUGGGUCAACGAUACAGUGUGUGGACCCAAGUUGUCAAGUGCAGCAACAUAUUGGUUGUGUUAUUAUCACAGAGAAAACAGGGGAUUGCAAUGUACCAGUUCGGCCUCUUUUCUACUGUGAAUUGUGUCGUCUCAAACGAGCAGAUCCUUUUUGGGUGACUCUGGUAGAUCUACUAUCUCCGGUGAAACUAGUUACUUCAAAUAUUCCAAUAGAUGGUACAAAUCCUACUCAGAGAGUAGAGAAGACAUUUCUACUUUCUAGAGCCAAUAGUGAUAUACUAAAGGAUAAUGAAUAUGAUGUUCAGGCUUGGUGUAUACUUCUUAAUGAUAGUGUUUCAUUUAGGAUGCAAUGGCCACAGUAUGCAGAUUUACAGGUCAAUGUUGCAGGUAUUAAUGUUAGGACAGUUAAUAGACCUGCACAUCAAUUGUUAGGUGCCAAUGGUCGUGAUGAUGGAGCGUUAAUCAAAUUAUGCAUUUGGGAGGGAAUCAAUAAGAUUUCACUAUCAGCAUGUGAUAAUCGUGCUUUCUGUUUUGGUGUCAGACUUGUACAGCGACGAACAGUUCAGCAGGUUCGCCACUUGAUUCCUAAAGAAGAAGAUGGUGAGCUUUUUGAAGAUGCACUAGCACGAGUUCGUCGUUGCAUUGGCGGUGGGCCUGCUGUUGCAGCUGAAGAUAGUGAUAGUGACCUGGAAGUAAUUUCAGACUCAAUAUCAGUAAAUCUCCGCUGCCCUAUGAGUGGUAGUCGAAUGAAGGUAGCUGGCAGAUUCAAACCUUGUGCCCACAUGGGUUGCUUUGAUCUUGAAACUUUUGUGGAGCUAAACCAACGCUCUAGGAAGUGGCAAUGUCCUGUAUGCCUGAAGAACUACUCUGUAGAGGAUGUCAUCAUUGACCGUUAUUUCAAUCGCAUUACAGCUAUGAUGCGAAAUUGUGGAGAAGACAUAACAGAGAUCAACGUAAAGCCAGAUGGUUCUUGGAGUGCAAAGACCAAAGGUGAGUUUGGUGAUCUUGCGCAGUGGCAUUUGCCAGAUGGAUCUCCAUGCGGUGAUAGUCAUUUAGAACCCUCGAGGAAGUUGAAGCUGGAAUCUGGUUUAAACGAAGAUCAUAGAGUUAUGUAUAAUGGGGUUACUGAAGUUCGUGGGCAUCAGCAUGGCCCAUUAGAGAAAGUAUAUGAGGGCUGCAGUCACAAUGUAAUAACAAUGAGCAGUAGUGACUGCAGCGGGCACAUGGAUUUCUCUGUAAAUGAGGACAAUGAAAUCAAUUCUGUACCAUAUAAUUCUGAUCCAACGUUUUCAAAUAUGAAUGGUGAUUCUGCUGAAGCUAGGAAUACUGACAUCAUCAUUCUUAGUGACUCCGAAGAAGAAGAUGCCAACUUUGUUUCUUCUGGAACCCCGUACAAUCCAUUGCCAGUAAGUGGAACAGAUUCUGGGUUCCAAUUCUUCGGUAAUGUCUCUGGUUCUUUCAUUGAUAACACAUUGGUUCCAGAGGAUCUAAAUUCGAGCACCCAAGUUAUGAACUCUUCUAUGUUCCAUGCCGAUGCUGGAUUGGACUUGAUUGAAAACACCUUGCCCCUUGCUAGUGAGGACCCCUCACUGCAAAAUUUUCUUCCAACUCAGCCCUCGCCUUUGUUGGAACAGUCCGAUUCUGGACAUCCUCCUCCUGAAUCAAACGGCAUUAGUGGGGACGACUGGAUCUCUCUUCGACUUGGCAGGGUCGAUGAAAGUGUUCCCAAUUCCUGCGCUGGACAUGCAUCCACAAAUGAAGUACAACUGAGUAAUGAAUGUGAAUCAGAUGAAGCUACUCCUUUAAUUAAGGAUAGAACUGAUGAGGUUAGGUCUAACAAAGUAAAGUCACGGAGAUUUUCAGAUGGACCCUUCUCCUUUCCUCGUCAGCCGAGGACUUUGAGACAACGAGUUUAUCUACCAGUAGAAUCCAACUCUUAAUAGAAAAAGUUGGUGCUUGCAGAGGUAACUUGUAUACUUUCAACUUGGUGAUUUUGUUGAAGUUGCCAAAGAAUCAAUCUCUAUGCAGAUAUUUUUGACAAUUGGACAUAGCGGAAGUUUCACCGUAGUAACAUAUGCAACGGUGCUCUUUUUGUGUCAGCGGACUAGACCAACAAGGAUUAAAACCUUUAGUUGUUUUACCAUGCUGAGAUGCCUCUGUAAAUAGAAAAGGGUUCUAUCUUUUAGGUUUUUAGCUGUAAUGUAAGCAAUGCUUGUUCCUCAUGAGAGUAGCAGUGAGGAACCGUUGCAUUAGCGACGAUGGUAGCUGGACUUCAGUAAAAUUGCGAAUUUUCGGUUUAAAUGUUUGCCCAACCUUUUCCCUCUGCAAGCGGAGAGACGGGAAGAAGAAACGGUUGCCAAGAGUGAAGUAUGCUAGAACGUCCAUGGAUUAGUGCAAGUGUUUGAAAGAUAUGGAAUUCUGCAGUCUGCAGACUAUGAUGUUUCUGCAAUCUGGGUUCGAAUUAUAUUCGGUAACAAUUUGUGAGUUUGAAUUUUGUAUUAGGAUUAUGAGUAAAUCAAAGUUUGUAUACAGGUAAUUAUCAAUAUUUGGGAAACAAAACAGCAGGGAUUUGGGAA